ACUACGUAAAACACUUAAACUCGAAAAAAAAAAUCAUCAAAUAAAAAAAUGGGGUAGUCUUUAAAGGAACAUUCUUCGGAGGUCGGGCAAUGAAAAAGAACGGAGGGAAUAUUAUAUUACACGCAAAAUGAAUGAAUCUAGAUAUCUCGUAUAAUUGCGGUUCUCUCCUUUUAAGCGAUCUUCUCAUUCACUCUUUUAUUGUUUUUCACUCUGUUCAUCACUCACUUCACCUUCAAUGGCGACAGCAAAACUGGGAUCAUUCCGAUACUCUUUUGCAGAGAGGAGAGAGAAGAAAAAUCUCUCUAAAGAUUACCCAUCUUCUUUGGGUCUUCCUCUCUUAGAUGAACAUUAUCAACAACACCAACAUCAACAACAUACAAACUGUUUCGUUUCUUUACAACAUAAGUUUGUAAAUUGGUGUAAUGGGUUUCGAGAAUUUACCGUAAAAGCUUUUCAAAUGGGAAAAUCGGAUCCUAGAAAAGUGGUUUUUUCUGCGAAAAUGGGUCUUGCUUUAACACUUCUUUCGUUUCUGAUUUUUCUGAAGAAGCCAUUUGAAGAUCUUGGGCGUUACUCUGUUUGGGCGAUUCUUACUGUUGUUGUCGUCUUUGAAUUUAGUAUUGGAGCAACCCUUAGCAAGGGAUUCAAUCGUGGAUUGGGGACAUUAUCGGCUGGAGGACUUGCUCUGGGCAUGGCAAUGUUGUCAACUUUAGCUGGAGAUUGGGAAGAACUUGUAAUUAUCAUUAGCAUCUUUAUUAUAGGAUUUAUUGCCACCUAUAUGAAACUCUAUCCUACAAUGAAGCCUUAUGAGUAUGGAUUUAGAGUUUUCCUGUUGACAUACUGCUUCAUCAUGGUGUCUGGGUAUAGAACAAGGGAAUUUGUCAAUACAGCUGCUACUAGAUUCAUACUUAUUGCACUGGGUGCUGCUGUUUCAUUGUUGAUAAACACCUGCAUAUACCCGAUAUGGGCUGGAGAGGAUCUGCACAACUUGGUGGUGAAGAACUUUAUGAAUGUUGCAGUUUCUUUAGAAGGUGUUGUGAAUGGAUAUCUGAGCUGUGUUGAAUAUACUCGAGUCCCCUCAAAAAUUCUUACAUUUCAAGCUUCUGAUGAUCCACUUUAUAGUGGGUAUAGGUCAGCUGUAGAUUCAGCAAGUCAGGAGGAAACUUUGGUAGGUUUUGCUAUCUGGGAACCACCUCACGGUCCUUACAAAAUGCUUACAUAUCCAUGGAAAUCCUAUACCAAAGUAAGCGGAGCUCUGAGGCAUUGUGCAUUUAUGGUCAUGGCCAUGCAUGGCUGUAUACUUUCUGAGAUUCAGGCGCCUCCUGAAAGAAGACAGAUUUUCCGUAGUGAGCUUCAGAAAGUCGGUAAUGAAGGUGCUAAAGUGCUGCGUGAACUGGGAAACAGAAUAAAAAGAAUGGAAAAGUUAGGUCCAGAAGAAGAUAUACUUUACGAAGUGGAUGAAGCAGUAGAAACAUUACAAAAGAAAAUUGACAAAAAAUCAUAUCUUCUUGUCAAUUCAGAGUUUUGGGAGAUUGGAAAUCCUCAAAAUCCUGGACAAACUCCAGAUUUCCUGACAGCAGAUUAUGAAAGUGCAAUGCCAGAAGUGAAGUCAGUCAGUGACCUUCAAGCACUACAUACAAGCCUUGAUGGUGAAAACAACCAUGGAACCCACAGGAAGCAGGCAUCUUUGCCUGCUCCACUGUUGUCCGUUGAUGAAAAUAAGGAACGAAAUCAAGAUGAGUCAAAGACUUAUGAGAGUGCAAGUGCUUUAUCUUUAGCAACCUUUUCUUCCCUUUUGGUUGAAUUUGUUGCGAGGCUCCAAAAUCUUGUUGAAGCUUUUAAAGAACUUAGUGAGAAAGCGGAAUUUAAGGAACCUGUUCACCAUCAAACACCAGAAGUAUUUGUUGCUUGAAUUGGGUUCUUAAGAGAUUCGUGGUUCUAAGCACCAGAUGCCACAUUUUCUGUCAUGGCAAGCACAAGGAGAACCCUGCAAAGACAUGGAUUGUAUGUAACAUAGCAGCGAGCCUAUGAGCCCUUUGAAGUCUACAAAGGUGAAGUUUGAGGUGUUUGCAGCAGGAGCACGUACUUGGUAAGUAAUCCGUACGUCGUAGACAAGAAACUACAACAAUGUUAUAGGUUACAUUGGUAUGAUGUAUAUCAAUUACAGUUCAAUCAUGAAUAAUGAAGCCGGAGAAAUGGGCCAGACACAACACCUACCUAUAAUAUUCUUCUUCUAUACUCGACUUAAAUGGGUUAUUGACUAUUCUAGAUCCCUCAGUUUAUCCGAUCAAUCAAUAUAAUUGAUUGUGUAAAAGAUUUGAUUGUGGGAGUUGAACAAAAAUGUUCAUCCUAUCAAUAUCAACUCGACUACUGAUCUUACUUUGAUUAUAUCUUUAUAUGUGAACUUUUUGAUUUCUCCAUAAUGCUGGAAUCAAAUCAUAUGUUCCUUAUUA